GAUGGAAGGAGCUAAGAAAUUAGUUAAUAAAAUAAUAAACGAACAACGUUCUCGUUUUAAUGCAUUAAGUCAAGAAAUUUGGAAAAAUCCGGAAACUAAUUAUGAAGAAAUUCGUGCUCAUGAUGUUUUAGUUUCUACGUUACAAGAUUUUGGAUUUUCUGUUCAGAAGAAUUACAUUCUACCAACUGCAUUUAGAGCAGAGUUUGGUGAAGGAAACUAUCCUAAAAUUGCUGUACUAUGCGAGUAUGAUGCUCUACCAGAAAUUGGUCACGCAUGUGGACAUAACUUGAUAGCAGAAGCCGGUGUAGCCGCUGCUGUUGCAAUUAAGUAUGUUAUGGAAAAUCAUAAAAGUAUCCAAGGUAAAAUUGUAGUUCUUGGCACUCCUGCCGAAGAAGGUGGAGGGGGAAAGAUAAAACUACUUGAAGCAGGAGCCUUUAAAGAUAUUGAUAUUGUCUUAAUGGUACAUCCCAGUCCAACAGAUCAUCUGUAUCCACCUUUUAUAUCUUUCAUAAAGCUAAAAGUGAAUUAUUUUGGAAAAGCUGCGCAUGCAAGUGGAUAUCCAUGGGAAGGAUUAAACGCUUUGGAUGCAGCUGUUACAUGUUACAACAAUAUUGCUUUACUUCGAAAACAAUCGAAACCAAAUUGCAUAAUACAUGGAAUUAUUAGUAACGGCGGCGGAAGCCCUAGUAUCAUCCCAGAUGAGACGGAAUUAAGAUAUGCUAUUGGUGCAAAUAAUUCCCGCGAAUUGGAAAAUUUGAAAAAGAGAGUUGAAGACUGCUGUUUAGCUGCAGCACAAGCUACAGGCUGUGAAGUGAAACUGAGUUACGAUACCGAAGUACGAUACGAACAUCUCAUCACCAAUGAACUUUUGGCAAAUACUUACAAGAACUACGCUGAAGAAACAGGAGUUAAAUUCAAAGAUGGAAAUCCCAACUAUGACCCUUUCGUAGCAGCUNAACAUAUUUUUGCCUGUACGUAUUCGCUAAAAGUGAAUUAUUUUGGAAAAGCUGCGCAUGCAAGUGGAUAUCCAUGGGAAGGAUUAAACGCUUUGGAUGCAGCUGUUACAUGUUACAACAAUAUUGCUUUACUUCGAAAACAAUCGAAACCAAAUUGCAUAAUACAUGGAAUUAUUAGUAACGGCGGCGGAAGCCCUAGUAUCAUCCCAGAUGAGACGGAAUUAAGAUAUGCUAUUGGUGCAAAUAAUUCCCGCGAAUUGGAAAAUUUGAAAAAGAGAGUUGAAGACUGCUGUUUAGCUGCAGCACAAGCUACAGGCUGUGAAGUGAAACUGAGUUACGAUACCGAAGUACGAUACGAACAUCUCAUCACCAAUGAACUUUUGGCAAAUACUUACAAGAACUACGCUGAAGAAACAGGAGUUAAAUUCAAAGAUGGAAAUCCCAACUAUGACCCUUUCGUAGCAGCUUCGGAUGUAGGAAACAUUUCGCAUGUGGUACCGAGUAUUCAACCAUUAUUCUCGAUUGGAACAACAGCACCUAAUCAUUCUUAUGCCUUUACCGAAGCAGCUGGUUCUGUGGAAGCGCAGCAACCUACUUUAAACGCAGCUAAAUCCAUGGCUCUGACUGCAUUGGAAAUUUUGUCUGAAUCACGUCUUUUAUUUAAAGUAAAAGAACAAUUUAAUAAGGACAUUGUAUUUAAUUCUUAA